GCUGAGGUCUUCCUUGACUUGCACAACGCGUUGUGGGAUCUCUGGUUCGACGUUAACAAUGUCAAACGUUUUCAUUUUCCCCCCAAUAUUCGCGCAGCCGGAGCGCCGUCUGCAACGAUGACCAAGAUGCCAGGUGACCGGACGCAGACGACUCGGAAGCUACUUAUCGGGAUCGUUCGACCCCGACCUCGGUUCUUCUUGACACUGACCUAUCUGCGAUGUCCUCUCCUUUGCGACGCGUCGACAGUCUGACGAUUACCUUCUUGGUCGACAACGCCAUCGAAUGGAUGACCAAGUUGCCCCCGGGCUUCACCCAUGAGCUCACACAGCAUGUAGCUCAUAGUAAGGUCGACGAUUUGACGGGCGUACCGACGUUUGACUUUGACCACUUCUGCUGCGGCGCUCAUGGGUUCUCUGCCUUGAUCGAGACCCGUGUUGGCGAAGAGCCUUCACAGAUCACUCUCUUUGACACCGGACCGGACACGCUUUCCCUACCCCGCAAUAUCCGCGCUAUGCAGAUCAAUCCUAAUGCCAUUUCCCGCGUCAUCACCUCCCACUGGCACUCUGACCACACGGGUGGCCUCCUCUCCUUCCUAGGCCUCCGCUCCGAUCCAGGCUGCGCCGUCGACGUACAUCCUGAUCGCCCCAUCGCUCGCGGGAUCGCUCCCGGCCCCGACUUCGACAAGGUUGUCUGCGCGCUCCCUCGCGAUCCUACGAUCGACGAGAUCGAGAAGGCGGGCGGAAAAGUUGAGCAGCAUGCGGAUGGGCACGCCGUCGCUAACGGGACAGUGUGGGUGAGUGGGGAGAUCCCCCGGGUGACAGAAUUCGAGGGCGGGCUGAGGGGCGGGAUGCGGUUUGUAGAGAAUAAGUGGACGCCGGAGCCACAUAUCAUGGAUGAGAGGUAUGCGGCAAUCGACGUGGCAGGCAAGGGCCUUGUCCUUUUCAGCUCGUGCUCGCAUGCGGGCAUCGUCAAUGUCGUGAAGGACGCCGUGCAGACGCUCAAGAGGCCGGUGUACAUGAUCGUAGGCGGCCUCCACCUUGCUGGUGGCGAGUUUGCUGCUCGGAUACCGCAAACGGUGGACUUCCUUGCGGACCGUCUGCGUCCCAGCCCCACCUACGUCUUGCCGAUGCAUUGCUCUGGCUUCCAAGCAAAGAUUGCACUAGAGAAGGCCCUUGGAGAGGGUUGUGUACCCGCUGGUGUUGGUCACAAAGUCGAUAUUGUCGGCAAUCGUGCAGAUGACGAGAGGCUGCUUACACCUGUAUGGUCUUCGAUGCAAUGAAGUCGUUGUGUACAAAGAACUCCCAAUAACCAUCAACACCACUCGCU